AUGGGAAGUAAGAAAAGUUCGGUGUCUGUGGUUGCACUGGUGCGAGCAUGGCUGUUGAAUGUCGUUUACUCUGUGCUGGACCAUAUACCGCCUAUGGUCUGGGAUGUUUUGCAUGUUUUCGCAGAUAUAUUUCUGUUCUGGACGUAUAAGUUUAUGAACUACAUACGCCCACGAUCUAGGAUGUUGUACUAUGAGGCAAUUAAGGAGCUGGACUCUAGUGAGAGCUAUGACGACUGGUGUGAACGGGCUACCAUUGUGGAUGAGAUUACUGGUGCCAACUUAUGGAGGCGAAACUUCUUUUCGAGAAGGUAUGAUUUCAGGUCUGUCUUAGAGCAAUAUGCAUCUUUGACCAAGAAUCUGAAUGAAAAUGAUAUUGAGAAGAUCAAGGAGAAAUUUUCCACCACUGGACCUUGCAUGUUGAGGAACUUCGCAGGUAUUGUUGACAAGAAACUCUUCACCAAGUCAUUAAUGGGUACUAAGCUCCUUAUUGAGCAACAUUUAGAGAGGACAAUUGACGGAUUAGAUGUUUUAGACAAGUCAAUGACACCUACUUCAUUUUUCCAGAGAUGUAAAUUGUCAUUGGGAACCACCGCGCUAAUACUCCAAGGUGGCUCAUUUUUUGGGCUAUUCCACCUAGGCGUUAUUAAAGCGCUACUAUCUCAAAACUUGAUGCCAAAUAUUAUCAGUGGUAGCUCAAUGGGAGCAUGCAUUGCAAGUGUGUUCGGAUGUUUGUCAAACGAAGAGCUUUCGAGACUUCUCACCGGAAAUGUCAUACUUGACAUGAUAAGAAAUGAUAUGGAUCUUGUAAGAAGUUGUGGGUACGGCAAUAUGGAGCAGCAUGUGAAUUUAGGUAAACUAGUUCAAAACCUGAUACACCACGGGUAUUCCCAAGACGUGUACUUAUUUAUCCAAUUUGUUCUGAAAUACAUUGUAAAAGACAUGACAUUUGAAGAAGCUUAUCAAGCGACUGGAAAAGCGUUUAAUGUUGUUAUUCACCCCAUUGAUAAGUCUUGCCCAAAUUUACUAAACUAUGUUACAACACCCAAUGUAUUAAUCAGAUCAGCAAUCGAGUGCAGUCUUGGCUCUGGCGUGUUAAGCUCCAACACAAAAUUGCUCUGUAAAAAUCUGAAUAAUGAUACUGUUCCAUUUCUAGAAUUUGGUAAGGCUGGAGCAGACCAAUUCUUGGCUCCUGAACAGGCGACAAACUUAGAUGAUGUAGAAAGUCCCUACACAAGAUUAACCGAAUUGUUCAAUGUGAACAAUUUUAUAGUUUCUCUAGCCAAGCCUUACCUGGCACCUCUUGUAGGCAAUGACCUGAAACAUGAAAUCAAAACCUCAAAAUAUUAUUAUUACAAACACUAUCCGCAAACAACCGAUGAUAUCGACCUUCCUGAGCUUAAUAUUCCACAAUUGAAUUUCACAGAAAUGGAACCACUAGCUUUUAAGUUUAAAUAUCAUUUGGAGCGUAAAUUAAAAAACAUUGCCACUAUGGAAUUCAGACAUAGAAUGGAAGUGUUGGACAAUCUUGGGUUAUUAUUUCCAUUUAUCAAAAGGUUAAUUAUUGAUGAAAAAACACCAAGAUCCGCUACAGAGAUUGCGAUUGUCCCUAAAAUUAAAAGCCUAUCUGUUACCAGGAUCAUUGAAGGUCAACUGGACAAUAUUCCGUACUGGAUAAAGUGUGGUGAACAGAGUACAUGGCCGGUCCUGUCUUUGUUAAAAACUCGUUGCGCUGUGGAGUUAAAAUUAAAUGAAAUAAUAAAAAUGAGACGAGGGAACUAA